GCGAGUGCCGUCAGGACGAGUUCCACUACACUGGGCUGCCCGGCUCGCUGUUCGCAGCCGAGGACAAGGCGCUGGACGAGCGAACCGUGGGUCACAACCCCGAGCGACUCAACCUCAUGAAGGGCGGUAUCGUGUACUCCAACGCGGUCACCACCGUGUCGCCCACCUACGCGCGCGAGGUGCUGGAGGGCGGGGCGGCGGGGUGGCUCAGGAGCACACUGGCGCGACCCGAGCUGCGUUCCAAGUUCCAAGGUAUCCUCAACGGCAUUGACACCGCGGAGUGGGACCCCGCGGCCGACCCGCACCUGCCCGCAUGCUACGACGCGGACCGGCCGGCCGGCAAGGCGGCGUGCAAGCGAUACCUGCA